AUGCGGUGGUUGACGAAAUGUAUACGAGAGUUCAAAUGCGCUGCUACCUACGGGAACAGCAUCCUUAGCCAUAGACUCAUUUCCUCAGCAGUAGCAGUAGCAGCUACACCUACUAAGUCCCACUCUCCUGGAUCGUCACUGUCCGAUUUUCACCUUCGGAGUUACCAAGAAGAAUGUAUCCAGUCUGUCCUCUCAUAUUUGGAGAAGGGCCACAAAAGACUGGGUGUUUCGCUGGCAACGGGGAGUGGAAAGACUCUGAUCGAUCGCAUUCCUCCCCGUGAUGAAGUCGCAAACCGAACCCUUAUUAUAGUCCAUCGAAAAGAACUGGUUGAACAGGCAGCAAAGCAUUGUAUGCUUGCGUACCCCGGGAAGACCAUCGAAAUUGAAAUGGGCAAGAGUCACGCAACAGGAACCGCUGAAAUAACCAUAGCAUCCAUCCGAAGCCUCCUUUCAAAGGGACGAAUUGAAAAGUUUGACCCGGAGAGAUAUAAACUUAUUUUGGUGGAUGAAGCGCACCAUAUCGUGGCUCCGUCGUAUAAAGAAGUUCUUGGAUAUUUCGGAUUGAAUGAAGUGUCCGAUGGGUCUCCAGCUCUCGUUGGCGUGUCGGCGACUUUUUCGCGGUUCGAUGGACUAAAGCUGGGGGCUGCUAUUGACCAUAUCGUCUACCAUAAAGAUUACAUCGAUAUGAUUGGAGAAAAGUGGCUUGCAGAUGCUGUGUUCACGACAGUGAAUUCCAGGGCUGACCUAUCAAAGGUUUCCAAUGGCCCUAAUGGUGACUUUCAGACUGGUCAGCUAUCAGCAGCAGUUAACACUGACACAGUAAAUGAUAUUACUGUUCGCGCUUGGCUCUCCAGGGCGAGCGAGAGAAAAUCAACUCUUGUUUUUGGGGUCAACAUUGAGCAUGUAAGGUGCCUCACAGAAGCAUUUCGCAGAUUUGGCGUCGAUGCGAGAUAUAUUACAAGUCAGACUCCCAAAGAUAUCCGAACAGAUGAACUGGAAGCUUUCCGCAACCAAGAAUACCCAGUUUUGGUAAACUGUGGGCUUUUCACAGAGGGAACAGAUAUCCCUAAUAUUGAUUGUGUGCUUCUUGCACGUCCGACAAGGUCCAAAAACCUUUUGAUCCAAAUGAUUGGGAGAGGAUUAAGGCUAUACCCAGGGAAGAAGAACUGCCAUAUCAUUGAUAUGGUUGCGUCUCUUGGCACUGGUAUCACCAGCACACCUACCCUGUUUGGUCUUCACCCGGACGAAGGUCUUGAUGAAGCAAAGAUGGAGGACAUAGAAAAACUCAAAAACCGUGAAAGUUAUAGCUUCAAAUCAAAGUUGAAGUUCUCUGCAAUUUCUGCGGAUAAAGUGGCUGUUGAUUUUACUGACUAUGAUUCUGUACAUGAUUUACUCCGGGAUACAUCAGGUGAAAGACAUAUUCGUUCGUUAAGCCAAAAUGCUUGGGUAUCAGUGGCGCCUGAUCGAUACGUGCUGAAUGCGCCUCCUGGAAGAAUUACAAUCAUCAAAGACGACUCCGCUAAAUGGCAACCGUGGAGAAAGAAGUACGCCAGCCUUGGGCAGGUCGCGUUUCUCAACAAGCACCUCCCUUUCGAUAGCCAGAUUAAACCGAGAGAAAUUACGAAAGGAGAUGCAGCAGAUAUGAUCACGAAGGUCAAGCACGGAGCAAUGGGCCAAUUCAAGAAUAUAGUCGCCAUUAAACGGCGUUUGGGCCGAGAGAAGGCCAAGGAAUCUGAACUGGAGGAGCUGAGGAGUAGGGAGGAAGUGAAAUCGCAUACAUAUCUGGACGCCGCACCCGCAAGGAGACAUGGGCCUGAGAUUAACAAUGAUACAGGCUAUUUGUUUGUUCCGCAAUUGAACCAGCAGCAAGCGACCGAUUUAUCUAGCGGGGAGGAGGCCAAUCCAUCAGCUUUUAGCACCCGUGGAUUCGCGGGCGAUACAAGGCAAACGACUCCCUCGAACUCCACGAAUCGACAGGAAAACGCCAUGUCAUUCGAAUCCCGGAUUUUCUCUCCAAUAACAAAUAAUUCGAUGGAGGGGCAUAAACUACGAAGGUCUCGGCCGCGAAUUCUGUGGUCAUGUUCCCUUCUAACAAUAUCCCUGACGGUCCUGAGUGCGAUCUCCCUUUAUGGAAUCAUUCACUCGUACAUGACCCGCCAAAUCGACCCGCAAGGCUGCAAAACUCCUCGAAUGAUGCCAACGUAUAUUCAACUCAUAGGAUUCGAUACUGAGCAUACUCGCUUCGCGAGCAAAUAUCGUCUCUACCUCUAUCGGGAGCGGACGGUUGACAAAUAUAGUGAACAAGAUAUUGGGGUAGGGGGUGUGCCAGUAUUGUUCCUUCCUGGAAAUGCUGGUAGCUACAGGCAAGGCCGCUCGCUAGCAUCGGAAGCCUCGUUAUAUUUCCAGGAUGCAAUAAGCAAUGACCAGGAGAAACUCAAUGCCGGGACACGAAGUUUAGAUUUCUUCAUGGCGGAUUUUAACGAGGAUAUGGCGGCGUUUCAUGGACAAACAUUGCUGGACCAGGCGGAAUACGUCAACGAAGCUCUAGCUUAUAUACUUUCACUUUAUCAUGAUCCUACACGCCCUGGAAGAGACCUAAACCUUCCAGACCCUAGCUCCGUGAUCCUCAUUGGCCAUUCAAUGGGUGGCAUCGUUGCUCGAACUGUGCUUACAAUGUCGAAUUACCAGGCAAAUUCGGUGAACACAAUCAUCACAAUGUCAACCCCUCAUGCACGGCCUCCCGUUUCGUUUGAUAGAGAUGUUGUCCGCACAUACAAGCAGAUUAACGAUUACUGGCGUGAAGCAUACUCUCAGAGGUGGGCCAACAACAAUCCAUUGUGGCAUGUUACCUUAAUAUCUAUCGCGGGAGGUGGUGGGGAUUCUAUUGUUCCUUCUGAUUACACCAGUCUAUCAUCUCUUGUUCCAGAAACCCAUGGAUUUACCGUAUUCACAUCCACUAUACCAAAUGUCUGGACCGGAAUGGACCAUCUUUCUAUCGCUUGGUGUGAUUCGUUCCGAAAAGUAAUUAUUCGCUCACUUUUCGACCUGGUGGAUGUACGGCGAUCAUCUCAAACGAAACAGAGAGCGGAGAGAAUGAGCGUAUUCAAAAAAUGGUAUCUUACUGGGAUGGAAGCCAUUUCUGAAAGGUCUCUCCCACAAAAAGACCCUUCUACUCUCUUGACUUUGGAAGAUAAUACAAAUUCGAUUCUUCCCCAAGGACAGCGACUAGUCUUGCGUGCCUUUGGUAGCCGCCAGUUACCCGAAGCGCAUUUACUCCCAAUUCCUCCCCAAGGCGCUUCAGGGAAAAAGUUUACUCUCCUUACAGAUCAGCUUCUCGAUUCUCCUGGUGGCAAUGGAAAACUAGAAGUCUUGUUUUGUAGCGUAUUCCCUUUGCGAGCUGGACAUUCGGCUCCUUUGCUAUCUUCGAAUAUGGAUCUCUCCGGCGGCAGCGCGGGUUCCACUCGAUUGGCUUGCAAGAGUGCCAUGGAGGAUGCAAUAAAUCUUCCAGCAUCGACACGUUCGUCCAAGUUCGCCUUCGAUGAUGCUCUGCCAUUUUCAUAUCUGCAAUAUAACUUGGAAGAUCUGAUGGAGCAUCAAUUCGUAGCUGUUAUUGACAAGGCUGCCAAGCGUUCCUCUGGUUGGCUUGUUGCGGAAUUUUCAGACAGUUCCGACGCUCUCAUCCAAACCAAAGUUGGACUUGGCCGCCUGCUGGCUACCGGACUCGAUAUUCGACUUCCUGCAGAACGGCCCAUGUUAACUGAAGUGAAAAUCCCCGCUCUCCACUCAAGUCUCCUGGCUUAUAAGUUGAGAGUCGGGAAGCAGCCGUGUGGCGAACAUGCUGAGUUAUUUACGCCCUUACUACGACAAUAUAUCUCGGAACCACAUGAAUCGAAGUACUUCGUCAAUGUCAAAGAAGCUGAUAUAAAUUUGCAUGGUGUUGCACCAUAUAUGCCUCCACAUCUUCGGGACCGCUCUGCUAUGCGUGGUAUUUCAUUUCAGCUCUGGUCCGAUCCUAGCUGUAAUGCCUCAACGGAGCUUUCUUUGCGUGUAGACAUUGUUGGCAGCAUGGGGAAACUUGCCAUGCGAUAUCGUACGGUAUUUGCGGCCCUCCCACUUCUUGUGACUGCACUGGUUCUCCGGAAGCAGUUCCAGAUACAUGAUACAACAGAUUGGCGAUCAAAUUCCACCGAAUCUGCCAUAGACUUCACGAGGAACGACUUGCUCCUAGGAUCUCAAGACAGUUUUUUCUGGUUCCUGGUGCCCUUGUUUGGCCUCAUUAGCAUCGGAUUAUGCGUUGUGGUAAAUCAUGUUGUCAUGGCGUUGAUUUAUGGCUUGGCUACAAUCCGUAGUGUGUUGGUAUCACGUCGAGGAUACAUAAAGCAUGACGACCCAAGACCCGCUGCAAUUUACCCAUCGCUCUCUUCCAGGCAAAGGAUCAUAAAUUCUGCUGUUUUACUAUGUUUUGUGGCAACAGUGAUUCCAUAUCAGUUCGCGUAUCUUGUAGCAUGCCUUGUGCAAUUGGCAACUUGCGUCCAGACUUUACAAUAUGCGAGAGAAUCGUAUAAUUUCUAUAAUUACGUUCAUUCAAUCUUCAUCCUCAUGCUGUGGAUAUUACCGGUUAAUGUUCCAGUGUUUGCAGUUUGGGUUCACAACCUUGCUGUCCACUGGUGGACGCCGUUCUCAUCCCAUCACAAUGUCUUGUCUAUAAUGCCAUUUAUACUACUUGUGGAGACCCUCACAAACGGACAUAUGAUUCCAAGAAUAACCUCGAGAUUGCGACAUGUCACGUCCGCCUUAUUUAUCAUUCUCGCUGGAUAUGCAGCACUUUACGGCGUAACAUAUGCAUACCUCCUCCAUCACAUUGCCAACAUAGUCACUGCGUGGCUAGUUGGUGUGCAUUUUGCCAGCAGCGGUUUCUCGCUUCGGAGUUUAAACCAAGCAUUUGAGGGCUCGAGCUUCGGGGAGGACGGACCUCCCGGGACUAAUGGUAAUAUCAAAAAGCUCCCUUAA